GCUGAGGCACACGAAGAUGAUUUUAUUGGCGGUUGGCCGCGCCGUACAGGGCCAGUCCGGUAUUGUAAGUCUUCCGGGUGUCAUCCAUCAUGGCUGUGCCCGCAGGAAGGUCUGUGGUCUUCGUGACUGGAAACGCAAAAAAACUCGAAGAAGUCAUUCAGAUCCUGGGAGACAAGUUUCCAUACAAACUAGUGUCAAAAAAGAUUGACUUGCCUGAAUACCAAGGAGAGCCAGAUGAGAUUUCCAUACAGAAGUGUAAGGAGGCUGCACGGCAGAUUGAUGGGCCAGUCAUAGUGGAGGACACAUGUCUGUGUUUUAAUGCUUUGGGAGGCCUGCCUGGUCCUUACAUAAAAUGGUUCCUGGAUAAACUCAAACCAGAAGGUUUGUACAAACUCCUAGCUGGGUUUGAAGAUAAAUCAGCAUUCGCUCUCUGCACCUUUGCCUUCUCUGCUGGGAAAGAUGAAAAAGUACAGCUGUUCAGAGGGAAAACAGAGGGACAUAUUGUGGAACCCAGGGGACCUCGAGACUUUGGAUGGGAUCCUUGUUUCCAGCCAGAGGGAUAUGACAAAACUUACGCUGAAUUGCCCAAAGAGGUGAAGAAUUCCAUUUCUCACCGCUACCGGGCGCUCACUGCCAUGUCUGAGCACUUCUCUCAAAUCAACAGUACCUCACCACAGACCAAGAAGAAGAAGCAGGAGGAUUAAAGAGUCAUCUUAGGCCAACGUGAAGUUCUGAAUCAAAAUGUAUGAAACCUCAAGUUAUUGUACUGAAUUUGACAGUGCAGAGAAUACUUAUUACUAAGGUAUUUUUUUUGUUGUUGUUGCAGAAACAUAUCAAUGACAUAUUUGUGAUCUAAAUGUCUGCUUGUAGAAUCUACAGUAGAAAAGGUGCUGCAUAAUAUCGGUUUUCCUUUAUCUUCAAUAAAUAUUUUGUUAAUUUUCA